CCCUCUCACUCUCUCAUAAAUGCGCUCCCACCACCGACCGUAGCAGAUAAUCACAGGCCACUGUGAGCAGGACACACCACCACUGAUUUUACACGGGGAUGCGUUUUGAUUCACGAAAAAGGGGUCAUCAGUCCAUGAUUUGAGUCGUGUUUUACAGCUUGCGGUUUCGCAAUUUUGCGAUUUUUGCGCAUAGGUUAGGAGACUGCUCCGCUCCAACUCCGAAGAUGACUGGGGUUUUUGAGAACUUAAAUACUGAUAUGCAUUCGAACCAGAUUACCUCAAGCAAUUACCACAGCUUGCACAAAUCGCAGGAGUCCCCGACUCUGCCAGUGUCCACGGCGACGGACAGCAACUACUACAACAGCCAGCAGCCUGGCCACUGCGCAGGGUCUCCGUUUGGCCAACUCGGCUCCUAUCAGUACCACGGCAGCGCCACGAGCACUGUGCCAUAUAAUGCGAAGUCUUACGAUCUUGGUUUUAGCACAUCUUACGCUGCAUACAGCUCUUACGGCUCCAACUCCUCUCCUACUCCUGCUGAUACAGAGAAAGAAGAGAGCGAGCCCGAAAUCCGAAUGGUUAAUGGAAAACCAAAGAAGGUCAGGAAACCUCGAACCAUAUAUUCCAGCUUCCAGCUGGCUGCACUUCAGCGGAGGUUUCAAAAGACGCAGUAUUUGGCUCUACCAGAACGGGCCGAGCUGGCAGCCUCGCUGGGCCUUACGCAAACACAGGUCAAAAUCUGGUUCCAAAACCGUCGCUCCAAGUUCAAGAAGUUGUGGAAAAGUGGAGAAAUCCCCCCGGAGCAACAUGUUGCUUCCAGUGAAUCUCCCCCCUGCACGUCCCCGCCAACUACUGCCUGGGACUUUCCACAAACUCAAAGAAUGAACAGUGUCAACUCCACUUUACCUCAGAGCAGCAGCCCUCCCAACACGACUGCGCCUUCGUCGUUUCUGGCAAACUACUCCUGGUACUCAGCCACGAACUCUAGCACGCAUCUGCAGCCUCCUCUGGUCCAGCACCACCACAACUCCGCCAUAAGCGCUGGGACGAUAUUCUGAAAAUAAAAAUAAUAAAAAAAAGAAAAUAAAAACAUCGGGUUUAAAUCGGACAAUACUGGUGAAAAAAAAGAAAAAUGCCAAUACCCUCAUUUUACAGACCUCGUGUGAGCGCCAUGCGAACUUUACGCGCAAGCAUUUUAGGAGAAAUUAAUGGAGCCAGACAGGUUCAUGGACCUUGCCAGUUUUCGCGCUGGCAAAUGGUAGACACAGAUUUCUACAGUUAUUUUUGUAUUUAUUUAUUUUCUUUAUGUCGAGGGAUGAAUGAACCACUAUUACCCAAAGCAAUCACAGCCUGGGCGAAAGCCCACUUUUACGCGGACGUCACUUUUUUGCCAUUCCUGCAAAAUAAAAAAACAUUAAUCGCAGGACAACCUGUCACAAAUGUAGCACAAGUUAACUGUAUCGUGCCUUUUUCAAUAUGACCUCAUUUUGUUGUGCGAUAAAAAAAAAAAAACAGCUUACCUUAAUCCAUUCCUCAUGUCAUUUGUUCGAUUUUUCUAUUGGGGGGUAAGUCCACGUUUGUAAAUAUUUUACCACAGCUUUUUGACAGCCCAUGACGCUUUGACCUUUUUUUUAGGCUAUUGGUGCAAAUCCAUUAACCACCGUAAGCUACUGAUUGUCCUACCCUCUGGUUUACUUGUAUCACACUUAAUUGUAUUUUGUCUUAUUUAUUUUAGCAGUGUUCCAUAUACGGCCAGACGUUAUUUAAAUAAAAAUGUUUUCUGUGCAUAUAUGCAUCCAUUUUUUCUUUCCAAAAAUAUUUCCCCUUUUCCCUUUCCUAACAACAUUGUGUGACUGAGGAGAAUUUGUGUUGUCUUUUUCCUUCUAAUAAGAAUAUAUACAUGCUUAGGACUAUUUUUUAAAAUCUUAUUUUAUUUUUAUUUUAGACUCUUAUUUUGCUUGUUUAUUUUUUUUAAGUAUACAUUUAAUGCUUGUUGAAUGCUGCAUGAUUUUCACAAGUCAAAUGGCUUCAUUUCAGUUUAAUAUUUAUUUAAUUUAACCAGUUAUGGGAAACUCGAUCUAUUAAAUGGCUCUAGACUGCCACAAACAUGUUACAGUGACUUAGUUAAACUACAUUCACUUGUAUUUUGGUGGGGAAUAUAAAUGCACACCUGUAAGAAAAAUUAAUAGCCUAGCAUAUUAGGCUAACCGCUAGUUGUGUUGCUUAGCAACCACCGGAACUAGCUGUAGGCUGUUAGCUAAGUUAGUCAGGACGGUUGAACUUUAAGCUAGGCGGACGUUUACUUGAAAGGUUACACUGAUUAAAGGCUAUUUCUUAAGUAAUAAUAUGUUGUUUGUAAUUACACGAGCGUGUUAGGGUGCUAUCACAAGCGUGGACAAGCGUAAGAUAAUUCCUCAACUGUCUCGAGUUACAUUUA